UUGUUGACUCAUUUUGCAUCAUUUAUUGUGAAAGAGUGUUUCCGGAUCUCAAUAUCCGGUGAACUUGACGCAGGUGUCCAUAGUGUCGGGUUUGUCGGUUAAAUCUAUACCGGAUUCUUCCGGUUGUUGAUGACAGCCAUGACGGAACUGACGGAAAACCCCGUCCUCGGCGCAGCCGUUGAGCCGGAGGAGUCUUUUACGGGGGCUGUUGUAGACGAAACUUUUGAAAACCCUUUGGAAUUUUUGCAGGAUGUUGAACCAAGAGACAAACCGGAGCAGGAGGACAGACAGCAGGCUAAAGAGAGAGACACCGAGGAAGACAGGCAAAAGGACACACACAGAGACGGAGAGGAAGACAGUCAGCAGGCUGAAGAGAGAGACGAAGGCAAAGACGGACAGGAGGACACACUGAGAGACGAGGGGAAAGACGGACAGGAGGACACACAGAGAGACGAGGGGAAAGACGGACAGGAGGACACACAGAGAGACGGAGAGGAAGACGGACAGCAGGCUGAAGAGACCGACGGGCAACCGAAUGGAAAGCAGGAUGGACAGACGGUUUGUCCACCUGCAGCUGAGUCCUCCGUUAAAGAGUCAAAGUGGGUGAUGGGGGCUCAGUGUCGGGCGGUGUGGUCGGAGGACGGGCGGGUGUACCCGGCGACGGUGCUGUCAGUGGACGGAGAUCGCUGCAGCGUCUUCUUCAACGGCUACGGCAACCAGGAGGACGUCGAUUUGAGCUCGCUCACAAGUCCAGUGGCUUCGGUGCCGCAACCAGCGCCGCAGAACUCUCCGGACUGGAAAGCUGGUUCUGUGUGUCGGGCCGUGUUCUCUGAGGACAGUCUGGUUUAUCCGGCUGUUGUUCUGUGGGUCAAAGGUCAACGCUGCUGCGUUCGCUACGACGACUACAACAACGAGGAAGAAAAGGACGUCAGCAGCUUGCUGAGACCCGACGAGCUCCACGGAUCCGGCAGAGCUCUUGCCGCCAAGGGCAGCAACUGGAAGUCCAGUGUAACCAGUAGCAACUCGGACUGGAAGAAGAGGAGAGAUGAGAACCAGGGGGAGAGAGAAGGAGGAGGAGCAGCUGAGAGGAAGAGAGAGGAGAGCCAGAGGGAGAGAGAAGGAGGCGAGAGAAGGAGAGAGGAAAACAAAGCGGAGAGAGAAGGAGAGCGGAGGUCAGCGUGGAGAGAUGAGCAGAACUCGUCCUGGGUGAAAGAGAAACCCAGCAAUCAGGGUCACACGGAGGCAGAAGAGAAGAAGAGAGGCAACAAAAAGGAGAAACCAACCAAUCACAGCUCCUCCUUCUUCCCUCCGUUUCCUCCUCCUCCCCCGGGCUCAGGGGAGUCAGUGUCCUUCGUCCCUCCUCCUCCUCCUCCUCCUUACUGGCAGUUUGGUAGCGAAGCAGCAGUCGACUCCUCCUCCUCCAGCAUGUUGAUGCUGUGGUACAUGUGUGGCUUCCACACCGGCAGCUACAUGGCUCAGCAGGGCUUCAAGUCCAACUCCAAGGACUGAGAGCCCGAGAGAAUCACGGCCCGAGAGGCAGCCACCAGGAGGCUCUGUUCUCUUCCUCUUUCCUACGUUUUCAUGCUGGAAUAUUUUGAUUGAUCAUUGUACAGAAUCUGUUUGUGUUCAGAAGUUUGAUUCUGUUGAGUUCAAGUGUUCAAGACUGAGGAAUUAAAAGAGCCUAUUUGUCAUUAAAAAAACUUGUUUUCCUCUUUGUCGUCAUC